CUUAGCUGUAUAUUAAUUAAUUAAUAAUGGCAAAAGGAAAGGCUAAACAGGAGAAAAAAGAAAUUGCAAAAACAAACAAGGCACAAAAAAAUGAAUCUAGAAAGUUGAAGCGAUCUCGUAAUCCUGGAUUAUACGAGGAUGGCUUUGGCGAUCUGAAUGCCCAGUUACGGACUCUUCAACUAUGUACUAAAGACAUAGCUGGAGAUGGCAACUGUUUGUUCCGUGCACUCUCUGAUCAGUAUUAUGGAUCAGACCGAAAACACAAAGAAAUACGACAAGAAGUAUGUCGGUACAUGUGUGAUCAUGAAGAUGACUUCAAAUAUUUUGUAGAAGACGAUCGGUCGUUUAAAGACCAUGUACGCUGUAUGGAAAGUAAUGGAACGUAUGGAGGAAAUAUGGAGCUUGUGGCCUUUGCACGUCUCUUUAAUGUGAAUAUUAAAGUAUAUCAACCAGGAUUAAUAGAUUAUCUAAUGUAGCUACAUUAUUCCUGGUACAGACGGCGUUGAUGAAUAUGAUACCGAUAACGGAAUGCUAACUCUUCAUAUUGCUUAUCAUAGCUGGGAGCACUAUAGCUCUAUACGGAACAUCCUUGGCCCACACACAGGACCACCCGAAAUCGAGAUAGUUUCUGAUGUUUAUUCAAAUGUAAAAAACGAGGAUGAAGAGGAUGAAGAAUCCAAUGGAGCUCACAAUUC